AUGGAGGUUGUGAAAAAGGAGAUACUGAAGCUCCUUAGUGUGGGUAUUAUUUACACAAUUUCAGACAGUCAAUGGGUGAGUCCUAUUCAGGUAGUGCCAAAGAAGUUUGGAAUCACAGUGGUAAAGAAUGAUGAAAAUGAGCUGAUAAUUAUAGCUCCUGAAGAUCAAGAGAAGACAACCUUCACAUGCCCUUUUGGUACAUUCUCUUUCCGACGAAUGCCGUUUGGGUUAUGUAAUGCUCCUGCCACAUUUCAGCGAUGUAUGAUGAGCAUUUUUUCAGAAUAUAUUAAAAACAUCAUUGAGGUUUUUAUGGAUGAUUUUAGUGUUUAUGGUGACUCAUUUGAUCGCUGCCUUCAUAAUCUCACUUUGGUACUCCAGUGGUGCAUUGAAACUAACCUAGUGCUUAAUUGGGAAAAAUGCCAUUUUAUGGUAAACCAAGGUAUAGUUUUGGGUCAUGUGAUUUUAGUCAAGGGAAUAGAGGUCGAUAAGGCAAAGAUUGAUUUAAUUCGUUCUCUACCAUCUCCAACUAUUGUGAAAGAAGUGAGAUCAUUCCUUGGGCAUGCUGGGUUCUAUCGGAGAUUUAUAAAGGAUUUCUCUAAAAUUUCCACACCACUAUGCAACCUUCUCCAAAAAGACGUAAAGUUCGAGUUUAAUGAAAAGUGUUUAGUGGCUUUCAACUUAUUAAAAGAGUCUUUGACUACAGCUCCUAUAAUUCAGCCACCAAAUUGGGAGCUACCUUUUGAACUCAUGUGUGAUGCAAGUGACUAUGCCGUGGGUGCUGUUCUUGGGCAGCGAGUUGACAAGCUUCCUCAUCUCUUGGCAGUCAUUUUUGCCUUGGAAAAGUUUCGGUCAUACUUGAUUGGAACUAAAGUGAUUGUUUAUACCGACCAUGCUGCUCUUCGCUAUUUAUUGGCAAAGAAAGAAGCCAAGCCUCGGCUGAUCCAGUGGAUUUUACUUCUUCAAGAGUUUUAUUUGGAGAUAAAAGAUAAAAAGGGUUCUGAGAAUAGGGUGGUGGAUCACUUGAGUCGUCUUAUUCGGGAUGAAGAUAAUUUGCCCAUAGAAGAAAAAUUUCUGGAUGAGCAACUCCUCGCCAUGCAGGAAGUUAUUCCUUGGUAUGCCGACAUUGUAAACUAUCUUGCUUCAAAGGAGUUACCAAGUGAUCUCACACAAGCACAACGGAAUAAGAUCAAGCAUGAUGCUCGCCACUACAUAUGGGAUGAACCUUAUCUUUGGAAGCAUUGUACUGAUCAAAUCAUUCGUAGGUGUGUACCUGAAUCUGAAUUUCGUUCCAUCCUUGCUUUUUGUCAUGCCUAUGCUUGUGGUGGACACUUUGGACCUAAGAGGACAGCUCACUACGUGUCUAAAUGGGUGGAAGCAAUUGCAACUAGAACGGACAAUUCAAAAACAGUAGUGGACUUCAUUCGCUCUAACAUUUUUGUGCGUUUUGGUACACCUAAGGCUAUACUUAGUGAUCGAGGCACUCAUUUUUGUAACAAGAGUAUAGAAGCAUUGUUUCGACGCUAUAGUGUAACGCACAAGGUGAGAGUUGCUUAUCAUCCACAAGCCAACGGGCAAGCGGAGGUUUCUAAUCGUGAAAUUAAAUUGAUUCUUGAGAAAACUGUAAAUCCAAACCGGAAAGAUUGGAGUACAAGGCUUGAUGAUACCUUGUGGGCGUAUUGUACGGCAUAUAAAACACCUAUCGGUAUGUCACCUUAUCGGUUAGUGUAUGGGAAGCAUUGCCAUCUACCGGUUGAGCUAGAGCAUAAGGCUUGGUGGGCUGUAAAGAAGUGUAACAUGGACAUGGUUGCUGUAGGACAACAAAGAAUGCUUCAAUUGCAUGAGCUAGAAGAAAUACGCAAUGAAGCAUAUGAGAGUUCGAGAAUCUACAAGGAGAAAACCAAAGCUUUUCAUGACAAACAUAUUCUUCGGAAGAGUUUUGUGGCAGGUCAGAAAGUUCUCAUGUAUCACUCUCACCGAAAACUUUUUCCUGGGAAGUUGAAGUCUCGUUGGUUAGGUCCGUUCAUUAUUACCAAGGUUUUUCCUCAUGGAGCGGUAGAAGUUGUAAGUCCAAGUACCGGAAAGUCAUUCAAGGUGAAUGGUCACAGAUUAAAGCCAUAUUAUGAAUCAAUGGAGGAAGAACAAGCUGCGGUGAUUCACCUCAUUGACCCGGUAUAUGUUGAUGAAUGA